GCGGGCCCGGCCGCGUCACGUGCGGUGGCACAGGAGCGCGGGUGGAGCGCCAUGCAGCAGCAGCAGCAGCAGGGCUGCGCAGCGCCCGCCGGCGACCAGCCCUGCUCGUCGCCCAAGCAGCCCACGGCCUUCUCGGUGGACGACAUCCUCAACCCGGCCAAGUUCACGGGCAGCCGUUUCCGCUGGCUCGGGCGCCAGCUGCUCCUCGACCCCGGCGAGUGGAGCGACGACCCACGGGGCAGCGACGACGACCGGCCGCCUCGGCUCCAGGAGCCCGAGUCCGCCAAGAGCAAGCUGUCGUGCAAGAAGAAGCCCGAGGCGUCGCCCAAGGCCGGCAAGCCCCGGCGAGCGCGCACCGCCUUCACCUACGAGCAGCUGGUGGCCCUCGAGAACAAGUUCAAGACGACGCGCUACCUGUCCGUCUGCGAACGACUCAACCUGGCGCUCUCGCUGCGCCUCACCGAGACCCAGGUGAAGAUCUGGUUCCAGAACCGGCGCACCAAGUGGAAGAAGCAGAACCCGGGCCUCGACGCCAACAGCCCCGCGCUGCCGGCGUCGCCGCCGCCCCCGAGCCCGUUCGCCGCCGCAGCGGGGGCCCUGUACGGGCCCUACCUGGCCCCCUACUCGGUCUUCUCGCAGCCGGCCCUCCAGCCCUACUUCCCGUCGUAGCGCCUGCCCGCCACGUCCCCUUGUACAGUCGCAAUAAACGGUGCCCGCCAGCCCAGGUCAGCGCCUUUGGCUCCCCGGUCGCGGAGGCCUCGAGCCCCGCUGCCGCCGCGUUCCCGCCGCCCCACGUCUCGGUGAGCGCCUGCCCGUGUCCCGCCGAGCCCUGCAUGCGCUCAGCAGCGAAAGUCCAGCCUCGGGACGA